AUGGAACUCUCCGACAACGCGUUGUCCGAAAUUGCCAAAACCCUGCACAGAGCGCAGUGUCGGGUUCGUCUUCUGUCAUUCGAACUGACCUCGUUAGCCUCAGUCACUCCUUCCGCUCUUCUUCAAUUUGUUCGCGAUGUCGCUCCGACCGAUCUCGUUUUCCGAAUGGUUCGCGGCUGCACCGAGGAGCAUUUCGGACCGGAGAUGUGCCGUUUCAUCGUCUCUCGACGAUUCUUCAGUGUUUCUGAAUUGGUGGACGAACAGAGUAAUGAUGUUCCUCUCUCGCUAGAUGACGCUAUGUUGAGCGAACUCUCCGCUUCUACAUUUCAAAUCGCCGUCCCCACUUCGAUUACUGUAGAUGGAUUACGGUCAUUCAUUAAAGCGUUCAUCAAUGGAACAAGACGUCUUGAAACUGCCAGUAUCAAGACAAACUUUCCCCUUCAAGGGAUCUGCUUUCCUCCUGCCGAGAAAGCAAAAAUCUACAUCAAAGAUGAGAAGACCAUAAAUAUCUCAUCAAAGGCGACUCCGCAGGCAGUCUGCUAG